UUCGACUGUGCAACCCUGUCACUUAAUUGCCAUCCCUGCUCGGCGCAAAUGCAAAAGUAGUUGGCUCGCAAAAAACUGUCUAAUACCUCGGUAAACGCAUUAAAAAAGCCAUAAAAUGACCAGUAACAAGUGCUAGCAGCAAUCGAAGCUUUAGCCAAACGCGUAAAACUCGCAUAAAAGUGGGUUGUUCCAAUGCGAGUUGACAAGCAAGAAAGUCGGUUUGAAAAGAAUAUUUUAUGAAGAGCAUCCCAGAAAUUAACCUAUAAAUGUGUUUACAAUACUGAUCAAGUCUGCUCAUAAUGAAUCCGGCCGAACUGCGCAUGAUGUGGAUGAGUAGUCAGUACAACUCGGAGCGCAUUUCACUGGAGGAUGCAGCCAAUCUUCUGGGACACCCCACUGUCGGACUCUCCGUUAUGGAGGACCUCUCCGCCCAUCAGCCCACUUUGGAAAUGAAUCCAAUGAUGAGCCUGAUGGGGGGCGAUUUCACUGGUCAGGCGGCGGCGGCGGCUGCGGCGCUGGGUGUCCAGCCGGGCACCCUGAUAGCAACCAACUCGAACAACCUGUAUGGAUUCGCGCACAUGGGCGGUCUUCAGCAGCAACUGCUUCAGCAGUCGGCGGCAGCGGCGGUUUUCCAGAACUAUGCCAUAGAUGGCGAUGUCGACACCGGAAUGGUGGGCAUGGCCGGUCACGACGGAUCCCUAAUGGGCGUCGGCGUCGGCGCAGUUGAGCCGGUUGUGGACGAUGACGAGCAGGUGUACGGUCAAAUGGACGAUGGCUACGACGAUGGCGGAUCGGGAAUGGAGCCCAAGCAGGAGAUCAUUAAUAUUGACGACUUUGUGAUGAUGAACGAGGACAAUAACUCGUACGACGGCACCGAAUUUCUGACCUCCUCGGACAAGGAUAUAUCGCAGUCAUCGUCCUCCUGCAUGACCCAGUUGCCCGGAGGCUUGGGUGUUCCGGGAGUGGAGCACGAUCUGCUAGUACCACUGGCCGACGGCCUGCUGCACCACAAGCUGUUGGGCACCACCUUGGCACCUGCGAUGGCCACUCUGAAUGGAAAUGCCUUCGGCAACAUAAUGGUCAGUUCGGAAGCACCCUGUCCCAGCUCCAGCAAGCAAAUGCAGCGCACCUACAGCCUGGCCAAGGGAGCCAAUGCCACCGCAACCACCGCCAGCUGCAGCGCCUCUACCUCCUCCGCGAUGCGUUCCCAGCGCAAGACGCGCAAGAUCGAGCCAGUGAACAGGCCGGGACUGGUGCUGAAGACACCCAUCGCCUACAAGGGCAACAUUGACCCAUCGGUGAUCCCCAUACAGAAAGACGGCAUGGCUGUCUGUAAGCGUUGUGGAGCAAUUGGAGUGAAGCACACAUUCUACACGAAAUCGCGACGGUUCUGUAGCAUGGCCUGUGCCCGCGGCGAACUGUAUUCGUUGGUACUCAAUAGCAAAAUGGAGGGCGGCCAGGCAAGCACCAGCUCCCCAGUUCCCGGAUCAAGUUCGGAGGCCAACGAAGAGCUUAUACCGGGCGACCAGCAGCAGCAGUCCCCACACACGGAUAUCGAGCUUGAUUUGCAGGCAGCGCACAUUAAGAAUGCCAACUACCGCUUCCGCAUCACGGACCAAUCGAAGAUUACCCAGUUGAAUAGCUUUGGCGAGCCAAUGUCCCUCGGUGGCGAUGCCGCCGCCAACAAUGUACAAAUGGCCGCGGACGAAACGAUUGCUGCCCUCAACGGCGGAGCGGUGGGAAAUGCCUCAGCUCCGGGAGGCGCAGGGGAAGGAGCAGCCACACCGAACUCUUAUCUGAGUGCGGCUCCGACGCCCAAAGCCCUGCGACUCUUUAAGGACGUUUACCCGCAGGAUGACCUGCCGCAAAUACCCAAAUACGAGCGUCUCCCUGUUCCGUGUCCGCAAAUGGAGAAGAUCAUCAGCAUACGGCGGCGGAUGUACGAUCCCACACACUCGUACGAUUGGCUACCUCGACUUAGCAAGGAGAACUUCAAUGCGGCACCUGUGACCUGUUUUCCACAUGCACCCGGCUGCGAAGUAUGGGACAAUCUGGGCGUGGGCAUGAAGGUGGAGGUGGAGAACACCGACUGCGACAGCAUCGAGGUGAUACAGCCGGGACAGACGCCCACCUCGUUCUGGGUGGCCACCAUCCUGGAGAUCAAGGGCUACAAGGCCUUGAUGAGCUACGAGGGCUUCGAUACGGACUCGCACGACUUCUGGGUCAAUCUCUGCAACGCCGAGGUGCACUCGGUGGGGUGGUGCGCCACCCGGGGCAAGCCCCUAAUCCCGCCCCGCACCAUCGAGCACAAGUACAAGGACUGGAAGGACUUCCUGGUCGGCCGGUUGUCCGGAGCCCGCACUCUUCCCUCCAACUUUUACAACAAAAUCAACGACAGCCUGCAGUCGCGCUUCCGCCUUGGCCUGAAUCUCGAGUGCGUGGACAAGGAUCGCAUUUCGCAGGUGCGCCUGGCCACCGUCACCAAGAUCGUUGGCAAGCGCCUCUUCCUGCGCUACUUUGACUCGGACGACGGCUUCUGGUGUCACGAGGACUCGCCCAUCAUCCAUCCAGUGGGCUGGGCAACCACAGUGGGCCAUAAUCUGGCCGCCCCGCAGGACUAUUUGGAGCGUAUGUUGGCUGGACGCGAAGCCAUGAUCGAGGUUCAUGAGGACGACGCCACCAUUGAGUUGUUCAAGAUGAACUUCACCUUCGACGAGUACUACAGCGAUGGCAAGACCAAUAGCUUUGUGGAGGGCAUGAAGCUGGAGGCGGUGGAUCCACUCAAUCUCUCGUCUAUCUGCCCAGCCACUGUGAUGGCGGUUCUCAAGUUUGGAUACAUGAUGAUACGCAUUGAUUCCUAUCAGCCGGAUGCCUCAGGGUCGGAUUGGUUCUGCUACCAUGAAAAGAGUCCGUGUAUCUUCCCAGCUGGAUUUUGCUCGGCUAACAGCAUUUCGGUGACCCCGCCGAAUGGCUAUGAUUCGCGUACAUUCACCUGGGAGGGCUACCUGCGCGACACAGGAGCAUUAGCCGCCGGCCAGCACCUGUUCCACCGAAUAGUGCCUGACCACGGAUUCGAGGUUGGCAUGAGUCUGGAAUGUGCAGAUCUCAUGGAUCCACGGCUCGUUUGCGUGGCCACGGUGGCGCGAGUUGUGGGCCGACUCCUCAAGGUUCACUUCGAUGGAUGGACGGACGAGUACGACCAGUGGUUAGAUUGUGAAUCGGCCGAUAUAUAUCCAGUCGGUUGGUGUGUUUUGGUUAACCACAAGCUGGAGGGACCGCCGCGGGUUGCCCAGCAGCAGGCAGCCAAACCAGCGCCAAAGGCAAAGAUACAGCGCAAGAGGAAGCCCAAGAAAGGCGCCGUUGGAGGAAAGACACCAACCGACAACAGCACUCAGCCGGUCAAAUCCCGUACAAUCGCGCUCAAGACCACGCCACAUUUGCCGAAACUAAGCAUUAAACUUGAGCUAAAGCCGGAGCAUCACAAUGCUGCCUUCUACGAGAACAAUCAGCCCGAGGAAGAGGGCGAGGAGGAGGAUCCUGACGCGGACGGCGACGGCGACGGGAGCACCAGUCACAUCUCCGAGCAGUCCACCACACAGUCCUCCAGUGAUCAGAUCACAGGAUCAUGCAGUGGAAGCGGAUCCGCCUCGCUGGUAACUCUCGCCACGGGCAGCAACAAAAUGGUAAUGAAAUCUUCCACUACUAAAUCUCCUGCGCCACCAACUGUGGGCCGCAAAGCCACUAGUUACAUUGCGAACUCCUCUGCGACGAAUAACAAGUACAUUCCCCGUCUGGCCGACAUCGAUUCGAAUGAGGCGACCUUGGAGCUGGUACCAGAUUCGUGGAAUGUAUACGAUGUGUCCCAGUUCCUGCGGGUCAACGAUUGCACAGCCCACUGCGACACCUUCAGCCGGAACAAGAUUGACGGGAAGCGACUGCUACAACUGACAAAGGACGACAUAAUGCCCUUGCUGGGCAUGAAGGUCGGUCCGGCGCUGAAAAUCUCCGACCUCAUUGCCCAGCUGAAGUGCAAGGUUAAUCCGGGUAGGGCAAGAUCCCACAAGACCAACAAAUUGCCGUUUUUAUAGUGCGCGGACUUCAACUUUUUCAAAGCGAAACGAAAGUUAUCACCGAUAAACACACACUUUUAUACGUGUAUACUAGUGCUUAUGCAUAUAGGAUAUAUAUAACGAAUAUAUAUACAUAUUGAAGUAUUUUGUUAGCACUGGAAAUCGAAACACAAACGUUGCCUAGAAUGGAUCAAGCAUCCAUGAUACAAUUGUAUAACUAACUCAAGUCUCACUGCGCGUUAUUUUAUACCGAUUAUAUCGUAAAUUGUAGACCGUAGCUGUACGCUCAUGUUAUAUCAGUCAGAGUUCUAUAUAUAUCAACAUUUGUAUAGAGAUCAUUGAAUUGGGGACAAUUACAUUUUUUUAAAUCACGCAUAUUUUUAUAAAAGUAAGAGUAAAGAAAAACGAUGCAUACAACACAUAUUUAUCUAGAUAUAUAUGGGGAUUGUAUAGCAUAAGUUUGUUAUUUGUACAUAAGUUCCGUCGCCUACCUUAGGCCCCACGAUUGUCAUAUUUCAUAUAAAUAGAACCAAGCACAAGCAAGCAACCCAGGAAAUUAGUCAGAAAGUCUAGCAUACAUCGUUCAGUCGGUAAGCCGGGCGAUUCGAAGUCGCUCCUAGUCUGUAAGGUCCCCGAUAUCCAGCCAGCGCGCUCUCUCCUUCUUUUAUUUUUUCCGGAAUCGCACGCCUCUGCAGGGAGAGCAUUAAUGGUAUAAGGCAUACUUUUGAAGAAGGCAACCUUAAUGAUAGAAUAUGUAUCUAGAUAACCUUAAGAUACCAGCUAAUGUCAAAAUACUUAAUAAAACCGAAUUCAAAAUUGCAAGUAUUGAAAUA